UGUAUCGUGGCAUGGCACUCACCUACCCCUGUCUUUUAAGUUUUCAAGUUAAGGUUUUUUUUGUUUUAAAUUUAUUUUGCACUUGAUGUCAGUAGUUGUUGGUCGCGCUAAACAUAGUAAUUAGUUAGAUUUUAUAAACUGGCUCAAAAUACAUAUAAACGGAAAUAAACUAAUUUAAAAUUAAAAAAAAACAAUUUCGGCCUGAAAUUGUUGAACCGUGAAAAAAACAUGUGCAUAAAAAGAAUCUAAAGCAAGUAGCAAAGUUAUAUUGACUAGUGAUGAUUGUGAUUGUUUUCAUUUAGUAGAAUACAUUUGUUCUUUAAAUAAAAUAUCAAUGAAGUCACGCAAAUAACUACAUAAUAACUAAUACAAAUAAUAACUUUAAAAAAGUUUUGUAUGCAAAUUAAAAAAGUGUUUUAUAAUAGAAUUAAUACCAACAACAAAAAUUGUGACUAUCUUUAAUUCACUAUAAUGCGAUUAUAAAAACCAAGCUAUGUUACGUUAUACUUUUAUGAAAAGUUAAAAACACUAUAUAUUACCUAGAUACGUACUAUACCUACAAACCUACAUGCAACAUACAUUCGUGCAGCAUAAUUCAAUUAUUUGUAUUAGCCAAAUGUGAAAACAAAAUCAAUAGAUACAAUUUACGAGGAAACAUUAUUUUGGAUAACCUCCGAGAAACAAAAUGCAAAUUCAGCGUUGUUGGAGUACAAAAAGAGCUACAUUAUGGAUACUAAUUGGUCUGUGUAUCAUAAGCAAAUCGAUAGCUGGGCCAGCAAAAAAGAUCCAACCAAAACUUAAACCCAGUACUACAACAAGUACGACUACUGAACCCUCUUCCACGACACAGUUGGCAAGUACAGCUCCAACGAUUCCUGUAAUAUGCGUUGAAGGAAUAAAAUCUGGCAUUUCGGACGAAAAUAGAUCCACAUCUAGUGAAAACAGUUUUGUUCAGAUUAUCGAAGGUGAUGCAAUGUUAUCGGUUAUGACCAGAGAUCCCGUCACAGCGAUAUUUGUUGUGAAUCGAAUAAACCAGGCUAAUUUGGUUAGUGCUGAUUUUGAGAUUGGAAUUCGAGCAAUUGAAAUCAAAGACUCUGAGGUUGUGGAAAAUAUUCUUAUCCAAGAAGUUCAAUAUCUCCAACAAUGUGUCGAACAUUCGAUAGGUCUAUUUAUAGACCUCGACAUUUAUAAUAUUUUAAAGCAUGUAAUUGAUGAUCUAGAAUAUUAUAUUUGGCCAAUUCCAUCAGCAAGGAGUUUAGUUUUUCCGAAGGUGGCUCAUCUCUUAUACCAGAUGCCUUGGGGACAGAAAAUUGCAUCCGUAGAAAUUAUUGCUGAGAAUUUGGACGUUUACAACGACUUUAUGGAUGCAGCGAGGAAAGAACAUCUGUGUUUAAUGCAUUUUCGCAGCCCUGAUAAUAUUUACAUUGUCUUUGGCAACAAAAUGAUAACGAACUUUCAUGAAAACGGCACAAUUUUUGUGAUUCCAAAUGGGCGAACUUCUAAAUCUUUUAUCUCAGGUCUCCCUAAUAAAUCGUUCCUUUUGAUGGAAUCGGAGAUCGAUCUCAGAGUGAUAGACGAAAAUACCACACAGGUAACUAUAGACGAAAACCUCAUUGGCCAGACUAUUUUCCCAUCUAAUUUACUUGCGCUUGCUGGCCCUGUUCUUGAUCUAACCCAUUGGAUCAACAAUUCUCUUGCAAAGAAUUGUAAAAAAGAUCAUGAAACUUACCUCCUCGAGACUUGCUCAGAAUUUUUAACAUUUGUCGAAGAUUGGGACACCGAAGAACAUGUUUACAAUUUAAUGACAAUUCUUGAUCAGUUAAAACUUAAUCGAUUGAGCCACAUGAUGAAUUUUGAAAUGUUCCAGAAAACUGAAACCAAAAGCAACGUCACACAUGAAAAAAUUACUGAUCUUCGAGAGAUAGCUUCACAAAAUUUCAUAUCGAAUGUCACCACCUACUAUCACUACAACAAUGCCAAUGAUACGAGACAUGAAAUGAAGUCAAAAUUCGGACAAGUUUUUAACUGCCAAUAUGUUGAUGGAAACAACAAGCGUUAUCCAUUCCUUUUCGAUGGAGAAUCAGUGAUGUCUUGGAGGAUUAAACCAGAUCCCUGGAUAGCUGCUGGAAUGACAGCUGCAGGGCUUGGAGUGCUCAUAAGCCUUGCAAUAUUGGUAUUUAUAAUAACACGCAUUUCACUGGGCGAUGUCUUUGAAGGAAAUCCUGUCACCUCGAUAUUACUCCUGCUUUCGCUAGUUCUACUCUUCAGCUCGUUUGUUCCCUUUUCAAUGGAAUAUGCAUCUGAUCACCGCAACUCACAUGUGACUUUUGAAGAUGCUUCUACUCUAAAUACUCUUUGUGCAGUAAGAGUUUUUAUUUUGACACUAAGUUAUUGCAUGACAUUCUCGCUGUUACUAUGUCGAGCUCUUAUGUUGGCCUCGAUUGGUUCCGAAGGGGGGUUCCUGUCACAUGUAAAUGGUUAUAUUCAGGGAGUUAUAUGUAUCUUUAGUACGCUGGUCCAAGUUGGAAUGUCGACACAGCUUAUUAUCGUUAUGCAUAUUGCAAACGAGAGUGUUUCUUGCGAAAAUAUGUACUACGGAAACUGGCUUUGGGCUUUACUGGCUUAUGACUUUAUACUUUUGGUGUUCCUUGUAUGUAUGAUACCGUUUGUGUAUCGAUCCCAAAGGAACUACCGCGAAGGCAUACUUUUAGUUAUUGGAGCUAUUUUAGUAUUUAUUAUCUGGUGUACGUGGAUCACCAUGAGCCUUUUCGGAGAUGAGUGGAGAGAUGCGGCUUUAGCGAUGGGUCUUCAAGCUACUGGAUGGGCAAUUUUAACAGGAAUCAUGAUCCCUCGAACAUUCCUAAUCGUAAGGGGGAUCGAGCGAUCUGACAUUGCUCAGGCACUUCCAUCUCUCACAUCACUGGCAUUCGCACAGAAUAAUCAGUACUCAUCUGAGCAGAGUGUUUAUGAAUGUGUGAAUCCUGCGAUGAGGAAUUGCUCAUCUCGUGAGGAUGGUAUGUGUGAAGUUGGUCAUAUGCGUCAUUCUCAGAGUGAUAUUCCAACCCUUCCACUUCGUGGUGGUGUAGCCAGACGACAGCAGUUCUUCAAUAAUAUUCGGCAGCAAAAUCAACAAAAUCAAAGAGGUGCUCCACCACCGCGCCGUCCUAUUAGUCCGACGGGUAGUUCACAGCAGUCUUCAUUGCCACCAUCACCAGUGAACAAUAAGAUAACUCGAUUUUAGGACUUAGAUAAGAAAUGUGCAAUUGGCUAGAUCUUCCUUUUAAUACAUAUAUUAAUUGAAAAGAAUUUUAAAAACUAUUUAAGAUAAUUUUUUAGGUUCAAGAAUUCCCUCUAAGAGUGAUUUUAAAAAAACAACAGAAUAUUCUAGUCAACUUAAUUUUAAAAAGUCAUUUAAUUUACAUAACUUAAAGAAACAUAGAGUCAAUAGAUCUCGAGAUUAUUCUAUUUUACGAAUAUAAAUGUGUAGAUCAUGAUAAUAAAUUAUAAUUUUAUUUAUAAAAUG